UUCACACUUUCUCUUUCUUUUUUCUCUCGAUGACUGAAAUGGAUAUAAAGGAAAAAUAGUGAUUUAGCGAUAAUCAUCACGGGCUCUGGAUGACGAAGACAUUCUGUGCUUUUUUUUUUACAGCAUCCGAGUCGGUGCCGUCGCGCACGUGGCGGAAAGGCUCUAAUCGGUUGGUCGCGAACAAUAUCACCAUCUCAUCGCGCGAACAAAACGCGAAAUCGUUUCCUUGUGGCAAUUGCAACAGCGUAUUCAGCAUGAAGCAUAAUCUUCAAUAUCACUGGAGGAUUGAAUGCGGUCAGCCGCCGAGAUACAAUUGUCCCUACUGCGCCUACAGAACGAAGCAUCCGUCAAACAGACUCGACCGGUCGCGAUGCAACGAUUUCACGCGCAUUCCAAUCAAUGUGUCUACAAUCCUGAUGGAGCACAACGAAACAGGAAUUACCCCUGCCACAAGUGCGGCAAUGCGUUUACGCGUAAGAACAAUUUGUAUAAUCACCUCAAGUUCCAGUGUGGCCAAUUGCCGAGAUUUAACUGUCCAUACUGUUCUUACCGCACGAAACACUCGUCAAACGUGAGAUCCCAUAUACGCAGGAUACAUCCCAACGAAAAUGUCUAUGUUCUCGAUAUGAGCACGAAACAGGCCCACAG